AUGGAAAGCAUCCUGAUCCUGGCACCACCGACUGCCCGAGGUCUGCAAAGCCAGCCUGCCUACUUGGCUUUUGUCGUCACCUGCUUUUUAAAGACUGAUGAUGCCUGGAAUCUGACGACCAAAGGCGAGCUCCUCUGUUGGCGGACCACACCGUUUGCGCCGAGUCGCAACGUGCAAUGCAGGCGCAUGUCCCGACGAGCUGUCGUCCAACAACACCCUUGUAUUCCUUAG